AUGUUUUCAAAUUCUUCUAAUGAUUAUUAUAUAGUAAAAAAUAAUUCACAUUCAAUGAAUUUUGUAAAAUUUAAUGAGGAAGAUAACAACAACAACAAUAAUUAUGUUAACAAUUCAUUUCAAUCAAAAAAUACUAAAAGUUCCCCCUUCCCAACAAAAUGUUGUGUUUGUGGAUAUAUUUGUAGUGGAUAUGUUUAUUAUAAUGUUGUUUGUUGUGAUGGUUGUAAACACUUUUUCCGACGAUGCUGCAACGCAAAAGAAUUAUACAAAUGUAAAAAUGGGGGGAAUUGCAAUGUUGUGGAUGGUAAACUUUAAAAAAAUAAAUUGAAAUU